AUGGAUGGAGGAGAGUGCUUCAAGGCGCUCCUGCGAUCGGUGGAGGAGCAGUACGAGAGCGACCUUCACGAAGUCAGAUGUGCUCGGCGGUCGAAGAUGUGGAUGAAUCAUGCAACCCGCCGCAGCUUCGGUGUUGAAAGCCAAGUUGAGGAUUCUCCCAAGAUCGCAGUGCAGGAUGUGGAGGAGGAAGUGCAGGCAAAAAUCUCGCUUCCACACGAGACGGUGAUGCGGGAUCGCCAAUCAGAGCCGCAGCUGCAGAUGCCGGAGAAGCCACGCUCCGAAGCGCCGCGCCCCAGCGGUCGGCUGUCGGAGCCCAUCCGGCUGAAGCCGAAGAAGCCGAGCUUCGCUGUGCAGCCUCGCUCCUCACGUCGAACUUCCUUUGCAGAUUCCAGAAACGAGAGGUCGGAUCCCGAGUCGGACGAACCUCAAGCAGUGCAAGUCGGACCCGGUCGCCGUUCACAUGACAGCCAGAGGUCGUCACUCCGAUCCUCAAGAUCCAGUGAAGACGGGGUUAAAGAGACCGAAGCCCGAAACGGAUUCAAUGCAGGCAGAGGACGCCGGACCCUGUUCUUCGACAAGUCGCCCGAGGAGAUGGAGGCAAUGUUCCAAGAGGCGCUGAACGAGAGCGAGGACGCUUUGGUUCGAUACGCCGAGUGA